AUCCCGAGGUGCACGCGAUGGUUGUGAGACCCGCGCGUGUCUGUGGAAAUCCUUCAGUUUGCACAACAAAGGAAGAGCAGAAAAUCCGCUGAAAUUCUAGGAAUAUUCAAGGCGCUGGUUAAGCACUCGGUUUGGCUAGAUAAGGAUAUUUUUUUUGUGGCGUUAGUCAACCGUAUUCGGUUAUCAGAUCAUUCACGAUGAUGUGUUAUGAAAGGCACGAGCGCUGAGCGGUCCUCUAGAAAGGGUGCGCGCGCGUUCACCUGCUGAUGGGCUUCAUAACGCCUCCAUAACGCCGUGAGUUCACUGCUGAGGUUUCUUUAUUAGCUGAAUGUGUCUGAUGGCUGCCGGUUUAUGGGGUGGUGAGGUUAAAAACAACUCAUGAGAAAGUUGCAUCACAGAAUUUCACGUGAGAAAAUAAAUACUCGACGGACUCUGAGCCACACCGUUGCUUUGUAGAAAUUAUGGGAAAUGGAUAAACUCACCAUUAUUUCAGGAUGUCUGUUUCUUGCUGCCGAUAUUUUUGCAAUUGCCAGCGUCGUGAACCCAGACUGGAUCAACACUGGAGAAGAAGAAGGCGCCCUGACCAUGGGGCUGGUUUGGCAGUGUCAGACGAUUCAUGGUCGGGACAGGAUAUGUUCAUCCCCGAGCCUUUCCCCAGAAUGGCUCGCAACUCUCUUCUUUAUCAUCCUGGGCAUCAUUUCACUGUCCAUCACUUGCGCCCUGUUGGUGCUUUCACACUGGCAUCAGGAGACGGCGAAGUACGCCCGCUGGAUCGCUUUCACAGGAAUGGUCCUCUUCUGUCUGGCAGCUCUUAUAUUUCCAACCGGAUUUUAUGUCAGUGAAGUUGGUGGACAACCUUAUAAGUUACCCAACAGCACCGUUGUGGGAUCUUCAUAUGUACUUUUUGUCUUAUCAAUAUUUUUCACAAUCGUUGGACUGUUGUUUGCUGGGAAAGUCUGUCUGCCUGGCUGACCAAAAGCAUCGUCGCUAACGUGUCUGUCGCAAGCUAUAGAACUUUGCGCAAAGCAUGGCGUUCCCUUUCUGACGAAGUGAAAACGUGCUCUAAAACUGACCCACAAAGACAAACGACAAGAUUUUAUAUGCACUAUGUCAAGACUUGUGUAUUAGAGCUGCACUGUAUCGUUGGCGCAGAUGUACUUAUUUGUUCAGUGUUGCCUUCUACUGAUCAUUGUUUUUAAAGAAUCCAGUUC